AACUCACAACCUUAUUACUUAUUAUUAUUAUUAUUAUUUUUUUUUUUUUGGUGUGGAAGGAGGAGUAGAUAUUUCAAAACUUAAAACCCUGGCGCCCAAAAGGCCAAAAUCCCCAAAUUGACUCAAAUGCUGAACAUGAAUUGAUCCCUUUGCCCUUCAAUUCGAUUGUUUCUCUACAGAAAUGGAUGUCCACCGACGACUCGUAUGCCCAGAAAACGAAGAACUUGUGGCGUUCAUGAAGAAUAAAUGGCAAGAACUCGCCCAAAGUCCAAAAGGAAUCUCAGACAAUCUUAACAAUACUGUCUACAAAGCCUAUUCCAAUGUUUGCAAUUCCAAAGUUCCCAUCAAAUCCCUCCCGGACUUGGCAGAAGUCAAGGGAGUGGGGAAAUGGCUUCUGAGACAAAUGAAAGGGUUUUUUGAUUCGGAUUCUGCCAUUUCUGACAAAGAAGAUGUCCCCGAAAUUGGUACAGUUUGCACUUGAUUUUUCCUUAAGAACAUAUAGGUUCUACCUUGUCUAACAAAGGCUGCUGGGUUGACAUUUCUAUUGAAAUUUUUGUAGGAAAGAAAAAGAAAGGUGCUAGGCGCUAUGUUCCGCAGAAAAAUUCAGUAGCUUAUGCCUUAUUAAUCACACUAUUCAGAGAAUUGGAGAAUGGGAAAGAGUUUAUGCAUAAGCAGGAGCUGAUCAGUGCCGCUGAAGCUAGUGGACUUUCUCGUGUAUCAAUUGCGCCAGAACUAGGAAAGGGGAAGCCUGGCCGAUUCGGCACCUCACCGAAUAGUUGGUAUAGUGGAUGGAGCUGCAUGAAGACAUUGAUAACUAAAGGACUUGUUGUUAAGUCAAGCUGCCCUGCAAAAUACAUGCUGACAGAAGAAGGCAAAGUGUCAGCACGGGAAUGUCUUUCUAGAUCUCAAUUAGCUGGCCAGCCAGACGACUCUUCCCCUGAGCUGAUAGUUUCAGGCCUGGAGCCUAGAGUUUUAGAUACAAUGGCUUCUACUUCAUCCUCAAAAGGUUUCAAUGAUCAGAAAAAACCGAUUGAUAUUCCUCCUGAAUCUCUUAACAAGUUUAUUCAAAUGGGGUUUUCCAGGGACCAAAUAGUCUCUGCUUUUGUUGAGGCUUCAGAAAGAUUCAAGACCCAAGACAUGUCUUCCCUCUGGCCUGCUGUUCUUUGUCAACUAAAAGCAGACCAAAUCUAUGGAGGUGAUUCAGUUUCUAACUUACGCGGGAAUACAAAAACUACACAUGGGGCAUGCAGGGGCUCAAAGUCCUCCAUUCUUGGUGAUGCAGUUAUGAUCCCUUCUGAAUCAAGUGAUGAGGGAAUGAUUAGUAUGAUGCAGAAUGAGGUUUUUGACGCUGCAAAUUCAUUGAAUGUGGCUGAUUCUGAUCUCAGUACUAGGCAUUUGGGACGCUGCUCAUUGAAAAAUGGAGAAUCUUUGCAAUCUAAAUCAAUUGCAUUGGCAACACCACCUCUUGAAUUUGGAGAGACAUUUGAAGAUGCUUACGGAGUGAUUCUAAUACUUGAUGACAGGGAACACUUUGCUAACCCAAGGUCCAAUUUACAGAAAAUUAUCCAGAACAUCAGUUCUCAAUUCAAAAUUCCAAUAGAGGUGAGAAGAUUGCCUGUUGGGGAUGCCAUCUGGGUAGCUCGUCAUAAAAGUAAGGGAGCUGAAUAUGUUCUUGACUUUGUAGUUGAGAGGAAAAGGGUUGAUGAUUUGCGGUCAUCAAUCAGGGAUAACAGAUACAAAGAUCAGAAGCUGCGUCUUCUGAGUUGUGGACUCAAGAAGUUGAUAUAUAUUGUCGAAGGUGAUCCAAAUUUCUCUGAAGCUGCAGAAAGUAUAAAAACAGCUUGUUUCACAACUGAGAUAUUGGAAGGGUUUGAUGUACAAAGGACGAGUGGCUUGGGAGAUACUUUAAAGAAAUAUGGUUACCUUACUAAAGCCAUAUAUCAAUACUACAAAAGUUUGGAUUUUGAACACCAAAGCUCUAGGGUCUGCCCACCUUAUAGUGCUUUCAUUAGAAGAUGUGAAGAUUUAGAUAAGAUGACAAUUAGCAAUUUGUUUGCUAUUCAACUUAUGCAGGUCCCACAGGUAACUGAGGAAAUUGCCGUUGCGGUUCUGGAGAUUUAUCCGACAUUAAUAUCGCUGGCACGCGCGUAUGCUCUUCUUGACGAUGACAUCGGCGCACAAGAGGAACUGCUGAAGAAGCAGAGCGAUAAUGUGAUCAACGGAGCUGCUAGCAGAAACAUAUUCCAGUUGAUAUGGGGCAAUCGAGGUUGCCGGAAUUAA